UAAAUAUUAUUGAUUGGAUUGUCUUCCGGAACUGUCAAGUGGUUUUGUUUAUGUUGUACAGUUUAUUUUAAAAUCUCUUGUGGAAUAAUAUACCUUCUAGCAAGAAAUUUUGUGUGAACACUCUAUGUUGAGAGGCUGCUAGAAUUUGUGCCACAAUGUUGUCGAGAAAAAUUAUAAAACCUAAACCAAAAGUUUCCGAAGUGCUCACUGCCUACCUAAAACAGUGUAACGAACCGCCCUGGACGUCUUACUUCAUAAAGCAUCGCGAUGUACUGAACGACCAAUUUGGUCGAUCGCACUUCAACUGGACGCUGGACACCGGGACUAAUUAUCACAUCCUGCGGACCGGAUGCUAUCCGUACAUGAAGUAUCACUGCACCAAACGCCGCUGGCAGGAUCUUCGCGUAGAGGACAACUUCUUCAAGGCCAUAAAGGUGAUCAAUCUCGGAUUACCGCAGCUGGGCUACGGACUGGCGGCACGUUUCCUGAUACGACACGUGGAAUGGGUAGACAUGGGGAGCAAACAUGGGCGAAUACCUAUCUACUUUUUGUACGAGGAGGACAAGGGUUCUUUGUAUUAAUGAAACGAAUGGUUAGCGUUUUCAAUUUUAAUUUAUUUGCACAUCAACGUUGUUAAUUUUGCUCAUACGACACCUCUGCAGAUCGUAGAUUCUCAAGGCAAAGCGAAUUCCGAAAAAAAAUCUGCAAAGAAAACAAACACUAUUAACAACGGUGAAAGCACAACUGCAAGUAAAAUAUAUUACGAAAGGUUAAAUCAGUGGAAAAAAAAAGCAGAAUCACUUUGGUUCAUAAGCAGAACUGGUAAAAUAUAAAAUAUCAUCAUUGAUUU